AUGGCGACAAUUGAGCCGCGCUUGAUGCACUUGCUGAACGAUUCGAACUCUCCCGAGACCUCGAAUUAUCCCCCGCCCGACCUCCCUCCGAUACAGAGCUUCAGCAGCUUUGCCAAGUCGUCGAAUUUCUCGUUACCGCCUCUGGAACCAGAUGCGAGUCAACAUGGGAGGAGCGACAAGUCCACGUCCAGAGCACCUCAGCACAUCCCUCCGCUGGCCUCAAUCACAGAGGAGUACAAUGGCCGAUACCCUGAAAGUGGUGGGCUCCGGCACACCGGCGGGGGCAUAUCUCUGCGCAUGCUCUACGACAACCCGGAUGUCAACGACUCGCAGCUGUCUCUAAGUCACAUCCUCGACGAAGUGCCGGAGCCGCCGCUCUCAACGGACGAUGCGUCCACAAAGAAGCGCCAGAGGGCAGUGACUAUCAAAGAUGAUAUUAUGCACCUGCCCCAGCCAUUGAAGAAGCAGAAGUCUGCCCAGAACAUCGUCCCACCCAUCAUCAAUGGCUUGUACGAACCCCCGCCUAACGCGGCCGUGUUCCCUCCGAUCGCGCUCGAGGACAAUGAAAACGCCUCGAAUAUACACCCAAUAAAAGAAUUCACCACCAAUGUGAUGCCUAAUGUUGAGCAGGAUGCAAGUGAAAGGGCUGCACCACCAGCGCAGCAGGAUCAGACUGCGACACCGGAGGCGGACAAGGCAUCGGCCAAGGUGAAGAGGAAGGCCGCAAAGCCGCGGAGGAAGUGGUCAGAGGAAGAAACCAGGGACCUGCUGCUUGGUGUCAACAAAUACGGAGUGGGAAAAUGGACGAGCAUCCUGGAUGAUCCUGUGUACAACUUCAAUGGACGAACAGCCGGCGACCUGAAAGAUCGGUUCCGCACGUGCUGCCCCGACGAGCUGCGCGUCUCGCACAGCAAGAGCAAAGAGAGCCUCAACCAGGAGGCCUGCGCUAGUGCUCCGCCCGCUGAGCCCAAGCUGAAAAGCAAGACGAAGACGGCGCUGCUGCUGGAGGACAUACUCGCGGAUCCAGAGGAGCCGCAAGCGUCUUCCUGGGAGAAGGAAAAUGACCAAUGUGCACCGUCAAGUCAAGCACAGUCAGCCCAACAAGACUCGGACUCCACUACGAAGCCGAAGAAGAGCCGAGCACAUCGCAAAAAACUCGAGGACCUACAGAAGAUGGGCAUUCACGGCCCUUUCAAGAAGUCACACCGUCGCGAGAGACGGCCAUUUACGCAGCAAGAUGACGAUCAGAUCCUCGAGGGCCUUCAGAUGUAUGGGCCAGCCUGGACAAAGAUCCAGCGCGAUCCGAGAUUUGACCUGUCCAGCCGACAGCCCACCGAUCUCAGAGAUCGGGUGCGCAAUAAGUACCCUGACACGUAUAAGCAGAUCGAGGAGCGGCAGAUCCAAGCGAAAGAGACUGCACCAGGGCCCUCGAGGGCGAGGAGUAAUGUGAUGGAGCCGUCUGUGAAUACGAUGGUCAAUGAGAACUCACUGAUGACCCUGGAGCCACAUUUGAACAGAUCUGGGUCUAGGGAGGAUAUGAUGGUUCACAAGUGGUCUGGGACGGCCACGCUGCCUUCACACAGCUCGGCAGUGAAUAACAACCCCAAUGAGUUGCCUGGGCUGGACUCAUACGCGAGGGAUCCAACCUUGGACGGAGAUGGGACUGAUGCAGGGGAACAGGCGGGCUCGUCAGCCUUCAUUGGCAACUUGGAAGCUAUGGAUAUAUCGAGAUUAUUACUCGAUUGA